UCACUCCAAAACGACUCCGACGAUUUCCAGAAGACAUUGUGGAGGGGCGUGGAGGGAAUCCAAGUGUGAAAUGAAUCAAGAAGAGGAGCAAACAUGUUGCCUUCCCAAGAAGCCUCCAAGAUCUAUCACGGCAAUUACAACUACAACUACAACCCGCGGGCCGUCGGGGUGCUGUGGGCCAUCUUCACCAUCUGCUUCGCCAUCGUCAACGUGGUGGUCUUCAUCCAGCCCUACUGGAUCGGCGACAGCGUCAACACGCAGCAGGUCGGCUACUUCGGCCUCUUCCACUACUGCGUGGGCACCGGGCCAUCGCCCAGCCGGGAGCUCACCUGCGUGGGCAGCUUCUCCGACUUCAGCUCCAUCCCAUCAGGAGCCUUCAAGGCGGCCUCGGUGUUCGUGCUGCUCUCCAUGGUGCUCAUCAUCGGCUGCAUCGCCUGCAUGGCACUCUUCUUCUUCUGCAACACCUCCACCGUGUACAAGACCUGCGCCUGGAUGCAGCUGCUGUGCGGAGUAUGCCUGGUCCUGGGCUGCAUGAUCUUUCCUGAUGGAUGGGAUGCCGAGGUCAUCCGGGACAUGUGCGGAGAGCAUACGGGGAAGUACUCCUUGGGCGACUGCUCAGUACGCUGGGCCUACAUGUUGGCCAUCAUUGGCAUCCUCAACGCCCUGGUCCUCUCCUUAAUGGCCUUUGUCCUGGGCAACCGGCAAAAUGAUUUCUACCUGGACGACCUGCAGACUGACAACAAAGAUUUUGCCGUGUCCAGGAUUGAGGUUCGGGAUAGAAGAGAGCCGAGGUACGGGGUGCAACGUCUCCACUGAGGACGACGUCACACUGGACAUCUCUUCUCUUCUUCUAGUAUUCCUCUCUGUUUCUCUUUCUCUUCCUCUUCUUCUUCUUCUUCUCUAUUUCUCUUCUUCUUUCCAAUGAUCAGGAUAUCACCCAAUGUCAAUACAGACACCACGUGUACAGGAUUAUGUAAGAUAAAACAACAACAACAAAAAAAUCCUCAACAACAAAUUCAUUGGGAUGAACUAUAUUUUGGAAAAAAAGGAAAAAAAAUGUGAACGUCUGUACAGUGGAUUGAACACUUGACUUUCUCUACAAAUCCUUUUCAAGUCUUAAUUUUUGUGAGAAACUCUCAAUAUGAGCAACCAUCUUAUCUGUCACUGAUUUAUUUUGACACCACCGUUUCGCAACUUUAUCGCUGUGUGUUUUUGUAUACAUCUUCAUAAGCGACGAAUGCGAUUCCCUGUACAGCAGUUGCGUUUAAAUCGGCAAUAUGGCCGCCGCACGUGACAAAACAUCAAGAGCAGCCGGCUGUGAACAACAUUUCAAGGAGUGGCCCAUAGCAGCUUGACAAACACCUCUGGGAGAUUCUCUGCUGUACAUAACAAACAUUGUAAAUAACAUUCAUAAUUGCUUAUUUUAUAUAUAUAUAUAUAUUUUUUUUUUCUUAUUGUACCAACACACUAAAGAAAAAGUGUACCGACAGCGCUUCGUUCUUCGUAAGGUGGCCAAGUGUGAUUUUUUAUUUAUUUAUUUAUUUUUUAACCACCACAAUUCUUCAACCAGACUUUGCCAUCCAGAGUACAGUAGAACGGGAAUUUAUGAUUCUAUGUUUUCUUUGAUCUUGAUUAGGUUUACAUCUCCAAUCAGUGGGAGGCCAAAAGCGCUCACUGGACAAGCAACGGUGCCUGCAGCAGUUCCAGGUCACAUUGAUCGACGCCAGAAGCUGCGUCAGUCAGCACAAUAAUAAACGUACUGCACCGGGGUAAAUUAAGGCGCUAGCAAAUUGUAGAUUUUAGGGUACGACUUUUGUGCGAUACGUACCCUCAUUACGGUUUUCAUAAACAGUUCAUAAAAUGGUUGAUUGAUUAUUUAGGUCAUCGGUUAAAAGUGAGGACACCUUUAUACGAUGCCUCUUUGCUUGUUGUAAAUGGUCGUCAAAACGAUGUCCAAAUAUUUGACGAAAAGGCUCGAAUUUUGCCAGUCACACCUGGAAGCAGUCGUCAAGAUUACAGACUAACCACGAAAAGGUAGCAGCACUCGAAGGAACAGUGAGCCCACACUUGUUGCGUAAAGUCAUUUAUAACAUUUAAUUUACAUUUUACAAAUACUGCAACUACUUAAUUGCACAUUUAUGAAUCACUCCGAUUGUACACAUUAACGCCAGUUUGCAUGAGAGGCAAAAUGUUUGAAAAUAGUUUAGCCCCCCCCCCCAUCAAUAACACAUUUAUGACCCAAUUAUAAAGUCUUUCUAUCAUCAAGGGUUUCUGUUUCUAGAAUCACAGAAGUCAGAUCGACACCUAUACUUGGUAGCCUUCACAAAUUCAAGUUUAGCUUCUGAAUUUCAAAAAGGGACUCCUUUAUGUUUUCCUCACUGAAAUUCCUUCACACCAAUUCCUUCAGUCAGUCAUUCACCCCCUCCCUCACCUCACUUUACAGAAGGUAAUGUUUACUCACGAGAGAGGGAUUUCAGUCUCAAAGUCACAUUUCAUUUAAAACUGGAAAAAAAAAAAAAACACAACUUGUUUCUUGUAUUUGUUUCAAGACAU